AUGGGUGAUAUGAAUAUCUCUGUACCCUACCAAUUGCGUCUCACGAUGGUCGACGGUAAAAAUAUCAAUGCAUUGACGGAUACGAAAUCUCCCCAGACAUGUUACAUCUGCAAGCGCACACAGAAGCAACGCAGAGCGAGUUCUGUGCUCCCACCCGAUGUGAUCGAGAACUACAGAUUCGGUCUGUCAACGGUCCACGCUUGGAUACGAGUCUUCGAGUUCCUCCUCCAUGUGGCGUACAGGUUGGAACUACAGAAUAAGAGGCUUAAUAAGAGAGAGCAAGGAGAAGUAAAAGCAAGGAAGAGGGAGAUCCAGGAGCAGUUCAAAGCCAGACUUUCUCCCCGAGUAGAUCAACCCAGGCAAGGCUUCGGAAAUACGAACGAUGAGAACACCGCCCGACGUUUCUUCGAGAAGUCAGCAGAAAGCGCGUCCAUCUUGGGACUCGAUGAGGGCGUCAUAAAACGAUUCAGGGUUAUUCUCAAGACCCUCUCAUCUAAAUUCGACAUAGAUGUCGACAACUUCGGAGAGUACGCCCGGGAAACAAAAGAAGUCGUGCAGGAUCGUUACGGAUGGUUCGGGCUAACUCCGACCCUUCAUAAGAUCUUGGAUCACGGAGGGAAUGUCAUCCGAAACCGACCUGUACCGAUUGGCGUUCUGACAGAAGAGGCUCAAGAAGCGCGACACAAAGAGUGUCGCUAUUUUCGUCUGAACAACGCGAGAAAGACUUCGAGAGAAGAAAACGUCUUCGAUCUCUACUCGAUGUUGAUGAUAUUGUCUGAUCCACUCGUGAAUUCGUUUCGUGACGUUGUGGAAACAAAAGGGAGAUCCGUAGACGAGGAAGUUACAGACUUGUUGCUGAGUGGGAGCUCUCGCGAUAUUCGAUGUCACCCGGAAGAAUCAGAGCAGCAUUCGGACUCUGAGUACUCCGAUGCAGACUCAGCAGACUCGAGGCAAGACGCGAUUGAUUCGAGCUGUGAAG